AUGGGGGUUGGUGAUUAUAUCCAUUCCAAAGAGGGUGGACUGCCGCGCGGAGCCGACAAAAAUGUGCGUUCACGACACCAGCGUGCUGAAUCGGCCAGACCAGAAGUGGCCCCGGCGCAAUUGACCGGUCUAGGCGCCGCGGCUGCCAAUGGCGCUGGAGGUCCAGCUUUUCAAAUGUCCCAAUUCCCAAGUCAACCCCGUAGCCUUUCUACGCAACCUGUGCAAGGGCCGCAGCCUACACAUGGCCAGUGGGACAGGGGUGUUUUUGAUACCGACGUGGAAGAGAUUGAUGAUUCCACUGUGGCAGGAACCAGUGUUUACGGGGUGGAUGAAAACAAGUCCCAGGCAGCAUUGAAUACAAAUGCAGCUUACUCGAAUGCUGAUCCGCAGCCCUUGUACCAGCCGCGACCCGCACGGCAGACUUGGGGAGCCAACUGGAAUGAUCAUCUGGGUAACCAAGCCACGAAAAAGACGGGGUUCGAUUCUGAUGAGCUCGAGGACUUCGGAAGCCAAAUCACCUCGUCGAUUGAAGGGGCUGGCGGUGAUGAUGAAAAGACCGACGAGGCAGCGGGUUGGUCACACAAGCCGCGUGCGGCAGAGGAGCCACUAAGCAAACGCCUGGAGAAGUUCUGGAAUAACACCAGGAAACGAACAUCUUCUCCCCAGCCCGUCAAUAUAAGCCCUGAUCCGGAGUCUCAAGGCGAGACCCAACCCAAGGCGAAGCCACGGAAGCUGGGCCAGAUGCUCACUGCCGGGCCCAGGAAGGUCAUGCUACCCCAAAACCCAUCAUCAACGCCUAGGACACGUUUCAGUCCCCCCAAACCCUCACUUCUCGAGCAACUCGACAAGAGACUUGAGACAUCGCCCACACGCCAGAACUCCCAACCUCCACCAGACCUCGCUCCGUCACCCAGUAUCUCGUACUUCCAGGACCACAUCGGUAGCGACGGUGGCAGUGACGACGGCAUGGAACCUACUAUUCGCGCAAGUGACAGACGAGUAGUCAGUCACUCGACCAAUGCCUUCGACAUGACCAGUCUAACCGACUUGGACGUCGACGAAACAAUCAAUGAUCCUUUCUUCGCGCAUAAUUUACACGAGUCCCACGAAAUUUCUGAACAACAUGAACAACAUGAACAACAUGAACAACAUGAACAACAUGAACAACAUGAAACAUCAGAACUACAAGAACCCCACGAGCCACACGAGCCUCCAACCCGAACUCGCCGCAACACUAUUAUACACAACAAAAAGCGACCGCUGGAGGCAGACUACCCCCCAGAGAUUCUCUAUCAAAAAUCAUUCUCAGACCUCCAAGCCGAGCCCUUUGAUAAGGCACCUACUCCUCCCCCGAUCAAAUCACCUCCUCUGCCACCCAAACCAGCGUUCAUUCCAGAGGACCACGAGCCCAAAAACGCCGUCUCGGACCUCUUGGCUCUCACUGAUCCAGAACGCCGAAAUUAUCUUUCCCACAUGACCAUGGAUGAAUGGGAGGACUGCGGGGACCAAAUGAUCGAUCGAUUCACUCACCUACUCUCAGAAAUGAAGAAUCUGAGACGUGCCCGCCGCCACACAGCCGCUGUAUUCGAAGGCGAAGUCAGACGUCGCCAUGACCAAGUCGAAGCUCAGGAUUCGGAACUGACGAACAAAUUGACCGAGAUGAGAAGUGGUGGUGCGGAGGUUCUGCGCGGUCGUUAUCCUUGA